UCUUCUGAAUAAACCAGAGAAGAUGGGUUCAGACUGGUAGCAGGUCAGCCCUGCUGCUUCUUCACCUCUCCCUCCAUGAGCCUGGCAACAAAACCAGAUCCUAGCAGUAAAACCAGGUCCACUCCACAAAACCCACCACCAGAAAGCACAGAGCAGCUCCUGGCAGUCCUCAUUUUUGGCUGAAACCUCUCUGCUGCCCUGGAAAUUUGUCCCUGGUGUUGGUUUCUACUUUGCCACCCCGCUGCCAGAAACAACCUGGAUGUGGCAGCCGAGAGUGAGCAAGAAACCUGUCAGGAGCCCAGCUGGCACACAUGGUGAGGCUGGGGACAGACACAGAGAAUUCCCACAGAAGGAAGUUUUCCUUUUGCAUUGUCACACAGCUUCUACCAUAUCAACCUGUUUACUACUCCCUGUUUUAUGAAUCAAUCCUCCCUCCCAUGGAGACCUGCUGGACAUGGGGUCUUGCAGCAGCACACUGAAAACUGCAGCUGUAACUGCUUGCAAAUUGCAGAGAGCAUGUGGUCAAUGUAUGGUAAUUAUUCUAGAAGACAACAAAGUUACUACAGACUUUCCAGCCAUUUUAGUAAAACACUACAUCAGCCUGUAAAAUACUACACCAGCAAAAUUUUAUAUGGUUUCUAACAGCAGGAGUUCAGUAUCCCCAUUGAAAUAUUAUCCAGUCUUUCACCUCCUAAUCAGAUAACAAAUGAUGAACCAAUUUCAGUGUCCUUCACUUUAUCGAGCCAUUGCGACACUAAAGGGCUCAGUGUCUUUCUGGCAGUCAACAAACAAAAAACUCCGGUGCACUGCCUGAAGUGUUCAACUGCUCUUUGGAGGCACAGCUACGCUUGGGAUCCCUCUGUCCAGGUGGAGAUUUUGGAAGGCAAAGCUCACAGAAGCAUAGAAAGGAGUUGUCCCUGCCUGAGGUUGAACCCUGAAGGUGAUGAGUGUCCUCAUUACACACACUGGGACACUUACAUGACUCAGAGCACCAGGCAGAGCAUUAGAAGUGAGUGAGCACACACAAGCAGGCUAUAACAUCCAAUCCAGCUCCUCCUGCUCCUCAUUCUACACAGCCAGCCACAAAAAUACAUAUACUCAGCAAAGCACCAGCAAAGUGCCAAGGAAGAAAGAGGUAUGCAGGGAUGAUUUUAUGUCUCUGCAGCUGCUGUCCCACCAGAACUGGAGGAUUUGCAGGUGUCUGGGAGCACACCAGAAAUUUUUGCAGCAGGAACAAUGUGAGGAAGCAAAAAGCAUGUGAAAGGAGAGAAGCUAGAAAAAGAAUUGUGUGUGCCUCAGUAGAGAGGUGGCAGAAGACAGCCCUGUGCCCUUGCCACCAGCCACCUCAAAGCUCCUCAGCAUUCAGAUCCAGGAUUCUGGGCUGAGCUGAUAGAAAGAAGCACCUGAACUGCAGCAAAUCAUCCCCAUGUGCCAAGGAUCCCAGGAGACCCUGUCAACCCUGUGGUGCUGGAGGCAAGUAGCAGGAUCCCUCGAGGUAAAGCCAGCAAGACAGCAAAACACCCAAGCCCCUGGAAAUGCUGAGGAGCAAGCAAGAACACAGAGACUAAACAAAUGGAAAAAAUCACUCAUGUGGAAGCUCUGAGGUUUAGUGCUGUGCUGGAGAACUGUGUGGAUCAACUUGCAAUUCUUGGAUAUAUCAUGCCAGUUCCACAUGAGGACAAGACAGACAUCAACCAUCAAAUGAAAGAAAUGAUCCAGGAGGAGCUGGGUAUUAACUUCUCAGAACUUAUGUCAGCAAAGCAAGAGAGUGGGGAAACGGUUACCUCCACAGCCCUGAAAACCACCCAACACGAGCAGCAGCAGGGGAAAACUGGAGAUCAAAAAAGCACCCACCAUUCUUCCAAAACCUCCAAGAAACGCACCACUCGGGCUCUAGAGAAGCUCAAGAAAAUCUAUGCUGACAGGCAGUACGCAAGUGAUGUAAUUACAGUCACUAUUAAAAAGAUGGAGGAAUUGGGAACAUUUAGUAGCCUUACAGAUGCUAAUGAGAGAGAGAAGGCAAAAAAGGGCAAGUUUUAUGACAUCCUCAUCAGGGAGGAAAAAGGAAACAAGGAGAUAAAGGCACUCCAGAAACAGCUGCACGAUGUCAAGAAACAAACUGGUCAAGACCUUCAGAACCGAGAUAAGGUUAUUGAUUGCCUCAAAGAUAAGCUUCAAGAGACAACGGCCAAAGUAAACAUAGAGAGCUACUACAUGAAGAAAAACACAGAUCUCCAGGUCCAACUAACCCAGAAAAAGUGCAGCAGUGCAGAGAAUGCCCUGGAGAAGGAAAUCCAGAAUCUGAAGAGCAAAAUUGAUGAGGAGAGUCAACUCCACACAGAGGCUGAAAAUUUCCUCAUGCAACAAUAUCAGGAGGUGAAAGAAAAGCUGGAAUACUGGAUAGAGAGGUAUAAAAAUGACACUGCUGCAAAAGAUGAAGAACUGGAUGAUCUAAGGGCAUUAAAGGCAGAGAACUUGGAAACAAUGCAGAGAUUUGCCAAGGAGUGCCUGACAUUCCAGGCAACCAUCAUCAUUGACCGGACAGACAAGGAGGCCAAGAGAAAACAAAGAGAGCAAGAAGCCCUGGAGCUGAAGAGUGCUGUGAAGGUGCAGGCUUGGUGGAAAGGUACAAUGGUCCGCAGAUUCCUCGGCCCCUACCAGGAGCUUGAGAAGUAUUUGAAGGGACAGUUAGGAGAGAAGGAAACAGGCAAGGAAAAAUCUAGAGCAAAGAGAUAAGUAAAGAAAGCGGCCACAGAUGUGCUCCAGGACUGCUGCUGGGCAGGGCACUGUGGUAUGUCUGACAAGGCAAAAUAAACCAUGUAACAGA